AGUUGUUUUGCUUCUGUUCCAUCACAAAGAACGGUCGUGAAAUUUUCAAGAUUCUCAGAAUUUUAGUGAAAAACUUGUAGUUUAAAACGAUAUUUGUUUUUAAAUCAUGAUUUCAAUAUAUUUAACCAAGCGGAAGUAACUCUGUGAAAUUCAUAACCCUCAAAGUGCUAUUGAAAAGGGGUUCAAGAAAAACAGUGUAGAAAUCCGCCCACGCAGAAAAAUAAUCUGCCCUUCAAAAUCCGGAUUUUCACGACAGAACCACACUUCUAUUCAUCAAUUGUGUGAUCAGCCAUGAUUCUCGCCGGAAGCAGUAGCAUGGGUGGUUCCACGACGUCGGGUCCGCCCGUUCCGGCCGGCUUGCCGAUUCCCAGUGCGGCCAACAAGUGGAAGCGGAUGCUGGAGUGUGACGAGUUUGUCGGAGCCCGCCGGUCCAAGCACACGGUCGUGGCGUACAAGGACGCGAUCUACGUGUUCGGCGGGGACAACGGAAAGAACAUGCUGAACGAUUUGAUCCGGUUCGGGGUGAAGGACAAGUCCUGGGGGCGGGCAUUUUCCACGGGGACGCCCCCUGCUCCGAGGUACCAUCACUCGGCGGUGGUCCACGGGACGUCGAUGUUCGUGUUUGGCGGAUACACCGGGGACAUUCACUCGAACUCGAACUUGACCAACAAGAACGACCUGUUUGAGUACAACUUCCAGAACGGGCAGUGGACCGAGUGGAAGUUUGUGGGGAGGACGCCGGUGCCGCGGAGUGCGCAUGGGGCGGCCGUCUACGAUAAUAAGCUGUGGAUCUACGCCGGGUACGAUGGGAACGCCCGGUUGAACGACAUGUGGACAAUCCGGCUAACUGGGGAAACCCACCAGUGGGAAGAGGUCCAGCAGAAGGGCGAAUGUCCUCCGACGUGUUGCAAUUUCCCGGUGGCCGUCGCCCGCGGCUGCAUGUACGUGUUCUCCGGCCAAAGUGGCUUGCAAAUCACCAACACGUUGUUCCAGUUCAACUUCAAGGACAAAACAUGGCGUCGAAUCUCAAACGAGCACAUCCUCCGAGGAGCUCCUCCUCCGCCAGCCCGUCGUUACGGCCACACCAUGGUCCACCAUGACCGGUUCCUGUACGUGUUUGGUGGUGCCGCAGACUCGACCCUCCCGAACGACCUUCACUGCUACGAUCUGGACUCCCAGGUCUGGUCCACGGUCAUUCCCGCUCCGGAAUCGCAAGUCCCAAGUGGCCGCCUCUUUCACGCGGCCGCCGUCAUCGGUGACGCCAUGUACAUCUUCGGCGGAACGAUCGACAACAAUGUGCGCAGCGGAGACAUGUACCGGUUCCAGUUCUCGAGCUAUCCGAAAUGCACCCUUCAGGACGACUUUGGCAAGUUCCUUCAAAAUCGUCAGUUUUGCGACGUUCAGUUUGUCGUCGGAGCGGACGAGGCGAAGGUUUCCGCCCACAUCGCCAUGAUUGUGGCGCGGUCGCAGUUUCUGAGGGCGAAGAUAUUGGCCGCCCGAGACGCCAGGAAUCUGCACUUUGAGAAGCUGUUCGGGACGACGGAGGUGCCGUUUGCGGAGCGACCGAUUCUGGAGGUCAAGCUGCCGAACGCGCAGCCGGAGGCGUUCGAGAUGGUGCUGAACUAUAUCUACACCGAUCGGAUUGAUUUCAAGGACCCAUUCUGCAACAAGAUCGUCCUCCUCAUGAUGGACGUGUACCAACUGGCCGUCCAAUUCUACAUCCCCCGCCUUGAGCAACUGUGCGUGCAAUAUCUCGAGUUCAAAAUCUCCAAAACCAACGUUCUGGACGCACUCUACAAUGCGGAUCGCAUGGGCCUCACCCUGAUCAAGGAUCACUGCAUGGGAUUUAUCACAAAGGACGACCACUUUAACGAUAUCGUCAUGUCGCCCGAGUUUGCCGCCCUCGAGAAGAUGCUGAUCGUGGAGAUCAUCCGGAAGAAGCAAAAUCCGAGCAAGCACUCGACCGAUAUGAAGUACGACAAGACGAUUGGGACUUCGCUGGAGAACGAUAUGGCGGUGUUUUUGAAGUCUGGUGGGAAGGAGUUUUGCGACAUUAACUUGGUGCUGGAGGGGAAGGUCAUUCCGGCGCACAAGUCUAUCCUGGCGGCACGGUGCACCUACUUCCAGGCCAUGUUCCGAUCGUUUAUGCCGGCGGACAAUACCGUUAAUAUCCAAAUCGGUGAUAUUUCCCCCUCCCAGGAAGCGUUCAGCUCCCUCCUCCGUUACAUCUACUACGGCGACACCAAAAUGCCCCCGGAGGACUCGCUGUAUCUUUUUCAGGCCCCCUGCUUCUACGGGUUCACCAACAACCGACUGCAGGCCUUCUGCAAGCACAACCUAGAGAACAACAUCACGUACGACAACGUGCUGCAGAUCCUCGAGGCUUCCGACAAGAUGAACGUCCCGGACAUCAAGAACUACGCCCUCCGCAUGGUCGUGCACAACUUUUCCCAGGUCGCGCGGCUGCCCAAGAUGCAGGAGCUGACGCGGGAACUGCUGCUGGACGUGAUACUGGCCGUCGCGGACAAAGGGGACAAGCGGAUAAGCCACGACUCGACGUUCAUCUCGCUGUACAGCGACAUUUGAAGGAUCGCGUUUUUGCAACCGGUUCUCAGCAUUUUGCUCGCGUGGCUGAGGAACAACAACGAGUUGCCGCUGGGAGAGAUGGAGUGAGGCCGAGUCAGUAUUUUGGAGGGGAGAGAGAGCGUGUGUGGAUGUCUAGCUGUGUAACUUAUUCAGAACUGUACAAUGUGUGCGUAUUUAAUCGUGUUUUAGAUGCUUUAAACGGGAAAAUAGAAAGUUAAUGUUUAAAAAUAUUGGAAAAAUCUAAAAAGACAAAUUCAUCUAUGGAAGUGUUUGCAAUCAGAUAUUUAGAAAAUCUUGCCGUACAAAAAAAGUAAAGCAAUUGUAUUUUAGCACAAACCAGAUUGAAAGUUCUUUAUUCAAUGUUAGAUUCGACGCAUGUAGCGAUUUUUAUCUAAAUAAGUUAUAAAAUCUCACCUAGAGUAGUUUUUAUCAAUGUUGUACACAUUCUAGCUUUUAAAGCCAUUCUUCUUUGUAUUAGAACUCAAUAAAGAUUAUCAAAUAAUCAACGAUGUCAGCAUGAAA